AUGUCGUUUCCGAUUCUCUCCGACACCAAUCUAGAGUACGACGAAGAAUCAUGGGAUUCAAAUACGCAGACAUACGAGACGUGGAAGUCCAAGCUCCUCAAGAGGGACAACCUCUCGAGGAUUGGGAAACUGAUAGACAAACACAGGGGUGGCGGCGUCCCCGACACACUUUCGGCCCCUCAGAAGGGUGCCUUCAACGCCUGGACUCGCCUGACCUUCGCCGACGGGGGCUCCGCGGUGAUGAGGAUCCCCAUCCCGGGAAAGGCCAUGUUUCCGGAAGAAAAGACAGAACGCGAGGUCGCCGUGGUGCGUUUUCUCACCGACGAGACCAACGUCCCGGUUCCGUUCGUCCUCCACUCGGGCACGGCCGAGGAGAGCCCCGAAGGCCUGGGUCCGUUCAUCAUCAUGGAGUUUGUCGAACACGAGUGCGAUCUCGUCGACGGUCUCAACACGCCGGACGUCCCUUACGAGGAACGACCCGUCCUGAACCCGGACUUGGGAAACGUGUCCCCGGAUGCCCUCCCACGGGGUCCGUUUGAGACGACGACCUCGUAUUACGUUGCGCUGGCGGACAUGCACCUGGAACAUCACAAAGCUCAACGCGUCGGGGUCGUGCAGGUGCCGGAUGAAUUCAGGCGGAAAUAUUUACAUUGCGAGAUGCCUCUUUCGCAAAAUGGCCAGAGAAGCAGCAGCAGUAGCGACAAAGGGCCAUUCCCGUUGUUCAAUGAUGAUUUCAGGCCAGCAAACGUCUUGUCCACCUCUAACUUCGAGGUCACCGGGGCACUCGACUGGGAAUUUACUUACGCCGCGCCGCCGGAAUUCGCCCACAGCGCUCCCGUCUGGCUCCUGCUCGAGCUCCCCGAGUACUGGCCAGAAGGACUGUCCGAUUGGACGCGAGUCUACGAAAAAACCUUUCCUGUAUUCCUGGACGCCACGUCCGAGAGAGAGACGGCCGCGAUCAAACGUGGGACGCUGAAGGAACACCAACGUCUCUCACACUUCAUGAAAGACAGUUGGAAGACGGGGGAUUAA